AUGGAGAUGCGGCCGGAUACUCUGGCUAUGGGUAAGCGCUUCAGACCCAUGACGUCUGCUGCCACGUGGAACUCGGUGAAUGCCGAGACAUAUGACACGGAUUUCGGAUUUUGGAUUGUCUCAGGCCGCAUUGAGCGAUUCACUGGACCUUCCGACAAGGUUGAAAAUCAAACUCCUCUAAAUAUCUCCACAGACACUGUAUAUCAUACAAACACCACAAACAUGCCAAUAACCCUCUCCAACCCCUUCCACGCCCAAGACCGUCUAACUCUGACCCUCAGCGCCGCAGCGCUCCUCGUCUCAACCCUCAUCCUCCCCGCCGCGUAUCGUGACUACAAAAUCUUCAAAUCCUACGGCCCGGGCGGGGUCCCGAAUAACGCGGUAGGAUGGGUUCUCGUGCGCGCGCUGUUCCAGCCAUUCGGGCGCGAGAUGGUCAGCACGGACCAGUAUGUGAAGCGCAUUGCGGCAGCCGAGGGUCAUGGGAAGGGUAAUGAAGGGUUUUUAUCCUUGACUAAGGAACAGUUUCGGGAGGAGAGACCUGUUGUUGGACCGCAUGUUGUACCGCAGCGGCAGAUAACGCAGUUGCCGGAUGAGGCUGUUAUGGAGAAAUUCCGAACUGCAUUUACAGCAUUCGGACAUCGGAAUCACCAUCUCACGAAAUUCCAGAAAUCGAAUCUGGAACGACAUGCCGAUGGGCUCUUUGUUGCGGAUCAUAUUCCCGUUUCUGGGAUUGCGGAAACUAUGAAGCGGGAGAUUGCGCAUAUUCAUUCGGGAAAUGAUCAUUCUGUUCAUAUGGUCCUUGCACCGGCUGAUUGUAUCAAGGUUAUUGUGGCUGGUUGGGGACAGCGUCAUGCUUUCUCGGGUACACGUGCGAUGACAUUUCUUUCGCUGGGUACGAGACCUGAUAUUCCGGCGGAGUAUGUUUUGAUCUAUGCGCCACGGACGGAGGCGGAGAUUGAGACGGUUAUGCAGAUUGUUUCGGCUAGUGUUCAGUUUACGACGGGGAGGGAGGAUGUGCGGUAG